AAUCAUAAUAAAUAUCGUAUACUUGCGAUGCACAACAACAACAUUGUUUACCAGGUCGUGUCGACUACGGAUUCAGUGACGUGUUUGGUGUCGUCUUGAAAGUGACAUAAUGACAAAUACUUUCGAAACGACUAACCGUUCGGAUUUUACGUGGCCUUUCCUGGCGGAGAGACAGCGAAUUUUUGACUGGGACCGAUACGAAUUCAAAGCCGAAGCGGAACAUCCAAAUUUUCUGGCACCAAAGUCGUUUAGUAACGUGGAGACACUCAAGACGAUACCGUACGCACAAAGGUUGCCUUUCGAUUUCGAUUGCUAUCCUAAACCCAUUUUGGGUAGCCAGCAACCUAUUACUCAUUACCCAACCGAGAAAGUGAUUGAGUACGAUAAAGAUAAAGCCGAGGCAAGAUCGAAUAUCCUGAGGACGAGACCCAGAGUUUUCAAGUGUCCUCAGAUCAGUCUCGAUGAUGUAUCGGCCGACCGGCGGGACAUGGUGUGCACCUUCGUGUACAGCACUUCAAAAACAAUGAGUGAACUAACUUCUGGCGUGCCAGAGGGUCGACCGAUUCCCGUCGACAUACCGUCAAAACCAUUCGCCGCGGACCUGGGCAAAUUCCAAAAACAACCAUUAUACAAGACUAUAAAUCCUGCUAAAAAUUGGCGACGUGUCAGCAUUGAAUGGGAUGAAACGCAGAGACGUAUUUUCGGUGGCCGGUCUAUAAACUGAUAUACACAAUGUCAUUAAAUUAUAGUUAAAUUUCUUAUGCUUUAUUGAAAUGUGGUGUAUUUUUUUUAAUAAAUUACUUUACGCACGA